AUGGAGAGCACCGCAAUUCUUUCGCGAGACCUUGUAAUGCAAGUGCUGAGCGACCCUGAGCUUCAGGAUUUCGCUACGAAACUUCUCUGGCAAAUCUUCAAGUCGGUGCUGCAGCUGCGGUGGCUAGGCAACCGCAGCAGCAGCAGCAGCAGCGAACCUUCACCCGCAGCAGGAGGAGCAGCAGCAACAGCUGCUGCGUCGGCUACGCAGCUGCCGGCAGCAGCAGGCGACACAGUUGGAGGGGCAGAGCGGCUGCAGCAGCUGCUGCUUCUCAAUGAUUUGCUGCUGCAGUACGGAGAUAGCUGCGGCCUUGCAAAUGGGGAGGCUGCUCUGCUGCAGCAGCUCCGUUCGGGCCUCAAGAUGCGUAUAGCAGCAGUGCAGCAGCAGCAGCAGCAGGACCAGCAGCAGCAGGAGCAGGAGCAGCAGGAACAGCAGCAGCAGCCGCAGCAGGAACAGCAGCAGCAGCAGCAAGAACGAGGACAGGAACAGCAACAGCAAAAGGAUCAGCAGGAGCAGAAACAGCAGGAGCAGGAACAGCAGCAGCAACAGGUGCAGCAGCAGCACGAGCAGCAACAACAGCAACACCAGAAAGGGCAACUGCCAGCUGACCUCCACACUGACGAAGUCAACGAUGAAGAGACACCUGGAGAUGGGCCGCCGCCCCAACAGCAGCAGCAGCAGCAGCCGCAGCAGCAGCAGCAGAAACAGCCCUCCCCUGAUGAUGGGGCAAGUUUUUCACGUGAACAGCAGAGGUUGCUGCACCAACAGCAGCACGAACACCAGCAGCACAGCAAGCAGCAGCCGCAGCAACAGCAACACGAGCAACAGCAAGAAGGCUUGAAAGAGCGGCAGCAGCACCAGCAGCGGCAGCACCCGCAGCAAAUGGGGGACAGCGAGGUGUUGCAGCUGCUGCAGCAGCAUCUUGCUGCUGAGGAGACAUUUCUUGAAGCAGAUCGGCAGCGUCACCAGCAGCAACAGCAACACAAUGAACAGCAGCAGCAGCAGCAGCAGCAGCAGCAGCAACCGCAGUGUUAUGCAGCAGAGACAGCAGCCCCCCCUAGUGUAUCUGCAGCAGCAGCGCCUCGGCCAGGGUUUGAAGAGACAGGGGGAGGAAAUACGCAACAGCCUCCAGAAGCAGCAGCAACAGCACCAGCAGCAGCAGAAAGACCUUUGAAUGCAGCAUCUGCUGCUGCUGCGGCAGCAGCAGCAGCAAAGCGUGCUGCGAUCUCCGCUGGUGCUGCGCUGCGGCGGCUGGGCCGUCGGGUGUCUCGGGAGACAGCAGCAGCAGCACAUGCUGCUGCUGCUGCUGUCUCCUUUUUUGCCUUCUACUCUCAGGUGGAGCUGCUGCUGCAGCGUCCAGUGGAGGGGGGAGCGCAGCAACAACAGCAGCAGCGGCAGCUGCAGCAGCUGCAGCAGCUGCAGCAUAUGGGUGAAGCAAGAGAGACAGGAGCAGUUGCUGCGGAAGUGCUGCGGCUGCUGACUGCUCUCUGGGCCCUCACUAAGGCUGAGGUGUGUCUGCUGCUGCAAAGAGAUAGGGACAGCAACUGCAGCAGCAGCAGCAGCAGCAGCAGCGGCAGCUGCAAGCAGCGGCUGCAGCAGCUGCCCAUUCGCAGCAAGGGAGCAGCAAUUAGUGUCAAUGGAGACGGGAAAAAAGAAGCAUCAGGGCUUCAUGCAGCAGCAGCAGAUGCUGCUGCAUCUGCUGCUGCUGCCAGCAGCAGCAGCAGAUACCUCGAGCAAGGAUCGGCAGCAGGGGCCGCUGAUGAGACCCUUGAUGCAGAUACUGAAGCUGCUGCAGAUAGCAGCAGCAGCAACAGUAGCAUCGACAGCAGCAACGGCAACAGUGGGAGUAGUACUGAGCCGGAGCACGAAGCUGAAGAUAAACUUGCUGCUGCAGAUGGUGGCUUUGAAAGCAACAGCAGCAGCAGCAGCAGCAACUGCGAGCAGUAA